AGUACUUAUUCUUAGUGUUGCCGGUAACGACAGUGGUGUUAUCGCAGUGGAUGAAGCUGGAUAAUUAACAAUUUUGCCCAGUAUCUUUAUUAGGUUUGUAUUUAGUGUAGCUACCUACUUUGUAACAUUCCAAAAUGGACAAACGAAGGAAGACUACGAAUAAAGCCAGUUCUGGUCCCCCACUUCCUGUCUCGGCUUUGCGCCUCUUAGUUUCUCCUCUGCGGCUGAUGAAUUCAUUUGUUUGGCAUGUUGUUAACCAACGAAACGUGAUCCACUAUGGGAAGGUCGAGGAGUUUGUGACAAUGGUGACUGAAGCAGUUCCAAAGCUGCUGAGUUUUAAACAGAGGGUUCAACUCAUCCUUGGCCUGAGAGCAAGAAUGAUUUUAGAAUUGUUCCGCAAUGACCAACCCAACCCUGAGGAAAUCCAACGUCUUCUGGAGAAGCUGGACAUCUGUGCGUCCAUCGGUGAGCAAGAUGCUGAAGUGGAGGAGUCGCAGGCUAACUUUGUGUCAUUAGUCAAAACCCUGCUUAAAAACCCUUAUGAGAGGAAGCACUUCUUCCAGGAGGAAUUUCCUAGACAGUAUGGCUUGAAGUAUGACACAGCACUGCAGGCCCUUGUGGGAGGUUUGGUCUUCAGACUGGAGCAACUGCUAUCUGUGCCUGAUCUCUCCCAGAUAGCAUCUAUGAUCAGUGGUUCCCCUUCUGAUCUGGAGGAGUGUGGGCGCUCUGUGUCUGAUCCUGAGCAUCUGAAGAUCCUCCUACAGCACCAGAGUCUGCAAACUAAGACUCAGUUUGUACCUCUUACUUCGUCUGUGGGUGACUGUGUUCUGUCCUCGCUGUCCUUCCGCCUCGCCUGUGACAUGCAGCCAGUGCAGCCAUCUUUUGACAAUCAAGCGGAAUCAUUAGAAGGCGCCUUAAGCGGCGUUAGCCCCCCCUCCCUCAGUGAUGUGGAGGAUCUGGGAAUGAUGUCAGACGACUCGGACCACGCUGGAGCAGGUUCUAAGGUGGAGAGAGAAGAGAGGGUUCCCACGGAGCCAGAAAACGCUGGGUGUGACAUCAAUGAAGAAAAUGCGCCGUCCAAUAGCCAAGCGGUCUUGUCUAGUCCUCAGUAUGUAAUUGGUCCAGUGGAAGGGGCAACAUCAAAGGGGGUGACCACAGUUAGGAGUAUGCUGGAAACACUGAGACAGCAACGCCUUUUAACACAGAUUGAAGCCUCUCCUCAGACAGUCGUUGCUGCCGCUGUCACCAGUGGAAACCCAGCGGAUAAUCAACCGGUUGAGUUAGUGAGUGUCCACCAGUGGGUCUCUCAUAUUGGAAGUAGCAAUGUCUCACUCCCUUCCUUGCAAUUGUUUCCAGAGAGCUAUCACGUCGACAUGGAGAUGGAGUCAGCUGACACAGGACUUGGAAGCAGCGUGGUGAUCGGAGUUCAGGAAAUAGAUUCUGAUCUCUUUGAGAGGUCCAUUAUCCGAAAGCGAAAGUCACCCAAGCCGCUACGACUAGCAUGCUCGAGAAAGAGAAACCCUGCAGCCAACACUUGUCAGGAGUGUGGGAAAAGUUUCCUGUCUCGAGGACGGCUAGAGGAUCACCUCCGCAUGCACACAGGAGAGAAACCUUUCAAGUGCCCCAAUUGUUGCAGGUUUUUCAGGACAUCGGCGUUAAUGGCAAAUCAUAUGAAAAUUCAUUCGGAUGAGCGGCCCUUUAGCUGCGACAAGUGUGGCAAGUGCUUUCUGAGGAAGGCUGGCCUGCAGAAUCACUAUCGCGUUCACACGGACGCGAGACCGUACAAAUGCACCAUCUGUGGAAAGGGAUUCACCCAAGCGCAGUACUGCAAAAGACACAUGGCUUGUCACACAAGUGAGAAUACCUUUUCCUGCACUCAUUGUCCAAAGAGUUUCCCAACACAAUUCCAACUGUCCGCCCAUGAGCGCUGGCACACCAUGGAUCGCCCGUAUGCCUGUGAGCAGUGUGGGUUGCGCUUCUUUAUGCCGAGCUUGUUAAAGAGGCACAUGGGCUACCAUAUUGGGAACCGACAGUUCCUUUGUGCCCAGUGUGGAAGGACCUUUGUUUAUGAGUUUGAACUGAAGAGGCACCAGAAAGACCAUGAGCCCAGUCCCAAGCUACCCUGCCCUUUCUGCCAGAAGAUGUUUGGCAACAAAAGCCUACUGCAGGCCCACAUACGCAGGCACUCUUCAGAGAAACCUUACCGGUGCGACAUAUGUGACAAGACCUUUAAAGAUAGCGGGGGGCUGCGCAUCCACAAGCGGGGACUGCACUCGAACGAACGCCCUUACCACUGCGAAGAGUGUGGGAAGUCUUACAAGCUCCACACACACCUGAGGGAGCACAAGUUUAAACACACAGGGGAGGGGCACCCCUGUGACCAUUGUGGAAAGGCCUUCAGGUACAUACGUCUCCUGAAGGUGCAUGAGCGCAUGCACUUGGGAGAACGAGGGGAGCGUGCAAGCAAAUUCAAACAUACCAGCCGCCGUAGAAGAAAUUCCACCAAGAGGAGUUGAUUAUUUGGUUUUCUGACGUCUUGCACGGACUUGAACUGUGAUUGCUCUAAUUGUACAACAGUAUUUUAGGUUGUCACAGUACCGUGUCAUCAGUAGUAGGGUUCGUCCACAUGGAAAAUCCAAACAGGGUUUCAGAAAGGCCCAUGUAGGAAUGUUCAGGAUUUAGAUAUUUUCGGAGUCACAUCUUUAUCAAAGUUCAAGGAUAUGCGUAAUGCCUCUAUACUGCGAGAUGACACAUCCUCGAGGGAGUACACAGUUGAGAAUGCAAAAAUGUUGUUGAGUGAGCAAAGCACAUCAAACUAAAUCAAAUUAGUUACAAUUUAUUGACCACUUAGUGAGACAUCACUAGCAGUAUUUUCUUUGUGCCACUGAUCACAAUGUUUUAUUUUAUUUUUAUGAUUAAAGCAUUUCAUCAUUUUUAUGAUUAAAGCAUUUCAUU